GACAGUGUUUUUCACGGCCUUAUUUUAAAAUUUCACUCCCGUUUCUUUCCACGCUAGCCCUCAAGAAGGUCUUUGCUGAACAUAAAGAUAUACAGAAAUUGGCUGAAAAAUUCAUUCUCCUGAACCUUGUGUACGAAACCACAGACAAGAACCUUGCACCUGAUGGCCAGUACGUCCCUCGGGUUUUGUUCAUAGAUCCUUCCCUGACUGUGAGAGCAGAUAUUACUGGAAGAUACUCAAACCGUCUCUACGCAUACGAGCCCUCUGACAUUUCAUUGUUGUAUUCAAAUAUGCAGAAGGCGCUGAAGCUCCUGAAGACUGAGCUGUAAGGGGAAGAAGAAAGCCCUUAAACACUAUGAAGUCUGAUCUUCCAUCUCUUCGCCACUCAUCGAAACUGGAGAAGAGACUAUUUAGAGUGAUAUUUAGCGAUGUGUAGUGCUGGUUUAUAUACAUAAACACUACAGUUCUACAUUAGCACUUUUGUACUGGGCAGCUGGAGCUUUUAAUUUAAGGCAUACAGAAUACUACUGUAUGACCCAACUGUAAAAAUGAUUUUUUAAAAUAAAUCCAUUUCAAGUGUUUACAUACAAA